AUGAGGGAUAAUGAAGAGUGGGAAAAAGAAAAAAUAUAUGAUCGUCAAUUGAGAUUAUGGGGAGUGAAAGCACAAAAUCGUAUGAUGAAAUCCAAUGUUUUAAUUAUCGGAUUAAGUGGUAUUAAUAUAGAAAUAUGUAAGAAUUUGAUAUUAAAUGGUAUUAAUAUAACAAUAAUUGAUGAUAACAUUGUUGAUGAAGAGAUGAGAGAAAAUAUUUUUUUUCUUGAUGAAUCAGACAAUGGAAAGUAUGUUUGUUUAUCAAUUUUUAAGGAAUUGAAAAGUAUAAAUCAAUUAAUAAACAUUAAUGCUUAUAUUGGUAGAAUAGAUAUUGUGAAUGAUAAUAUCAUUCUUGAUAAACAUUUAAUAUAUAAAGAAGAAGGAAUAGAAAAUGAAGAAAUAAAUGAAUGUUUUAAUAUAAAUAAUUUUAUAAAUAAUUAUACUUCUGUAUGUAUUUCAUGCGAAGAUUAUCCAUUAUAUAAGUUAAUAAAUAUAAAUGAAAUAUGUCACGAAAAAAAUAUUGGUUUUUUUGCUCCAAUGUGUAACGGAAAAUAUGCAUUUCUUUUUUCUGAUUUCGGCAAUCAUACAAUAGAAGAAUCUUAUUACAAAACAAAAAAAAAUGAUGAAAAAAGUAAUAAAUUAAUUGAAAUAGAGUAUUGUAAGUUAUCUCAUUUUUUAAAAGUAUCUUUCAAAAAUUUUCACAAAAAAACAAAUCAUAUAAUUUUUUAUAUGUUUGCCUUAAUACUAUUUGAACAACAUAAAGAGUUCAGUAAAGAUAAAAAGGAAAUUGAUGAAAAAGAAUUUUAUAAUUUUUGUAAUGAGUUUGCACUUAAUAAUGAUGAAAUUUUAAAAGAAAUUACAAAAAUGUAUAAGGUUACAUUUUCUCCAUCUUGUUCAAUAAUGGGUGGUAUAACUGCUCAAGAAAUUCGAAAGUUUGUGUCAAAACAGCAUGAGCCUAUACCAAAUUUUUGUGUUUUUGAUAUGAACCAAAAUAUUGCUUGUACAGCUAUGAUUUCAUGA